AUGAGUAUCCUCCCAGAAAUUAAAUAUCAAUUUACAAAGACGAAAAUAUGCAAACAUUUUUUGGAAAAUAAAUGCACGAAUAGAGAUAACUGCAAUUAUGCUCAUGUAAUAGAAGAACUAAGACCUUUACCAAAUUUAGAAAAUACAAAAUUAUGUAAAAGUGUUAAAAAAAAUAUAGCUUGUACUAACCCCGAUUGUAAAUAUGCACACGAAAUAGAAAAUUUACAUCCUAGUACUGAUUUGGCUACUUAUAAAACUACUUUAUGUUAUUUUUGGAAAAAGAAAAAAUGUAUGAAUCAAAGUAAAUGCAGAUUUGCUCAUGGUAUUCAAGAAAUUCGACCUUUGAAGAUAGGAAAGGAAGAAAAAAUAGAAGUAAUAAAUGACAAAAGAAAUGAUGCAGUAAGUGAAAAAAUAAAUGACCCAUUAAAUGGAAAAAGGAAUGAUGCAGUAAAUGCAAAAAAAAAAUUAUUACUACCAAAAAAUAACGACAUCAAUAUUAGCCUACAAGAACACCAAACAAUAAGGCAAAAUGAACAAAUGGUAGAAGACAUAUAUGGAGAAGUAAAUGAAAAGCCUCAAAAAGAUGUAAACAUAAGAGAUGUUUUAUCUAAUCUAAUUAUAUUAGAAAAUAUACCCAUAAUACAGAGCGAUUUUGCAACUUUUAAUGACGAUUUUUUAAAUUUUUACCAAAACAUGAGCUUAAAUUUGAACAGCUUUUCUAUAUCGUCAGAGAGAAAGUAUUCCAAUUCAUUUUUAAAAAAGGAAUUUGAUCAAACUCAUUGUGCUGAUAUUUUUCAUCCUGAUGUCGAUAUGUUCAAUGUUGAUUUUCUUAUGCAGGAUAGUGUAAAAGAAAAUUGUACUAGAAAUAAUGACAUAAGCUACGGUGCUAAUAGAGCAGUAAUAAUGGAUGAUACGAAUAACAGAAGAAAUAAUGAUUCAAAUGCAGAUUUAUAUUUAGCCAUUGAUACCCCUACAGAGCAAGCACCUACCGACGAUGAUUACUUUAACAACAUUUAUAAAAGUAUAAAAAAGGAAUUAUCAAAAAAUUUUGAAAAUAUAUACAGCUACUAA